CAGCAUUUAAAUUUUUUAAAACUUCCAAUCUUCCUCCAUCGGUUGGAUUUCAUUCUACCCAUUUGUAAUUUCUCAUUGUAAAUUUUUGCGACAAUGGAAAAGGCUUCCAUCUCCCUCUCUCCGUAAAUGUUUUGUCCUGCGACGCUCUUCGUAUGCUGUAUUUGUUUGGACACUUAUCUUGAGGUGUUUUUUUUUUUUUUUUCUUCUGGUAUAGAUCAUAUUCAGAUAAAAGAUAAUCUGAACUUAAUUUCGAAUCAGAUGCCUAUUCUAUUUGAUUAAACAUUUCAGGAACCCUAAACCCUAUUCGCCGCUUCUUCAAAGAUUUCCAAAAUUUCAAAAACCCUAAAUCCUCUACCAUUUUAUUUUGCGAUUCACUCAAAAAUUUCAAUAGCAAACCAAAGGUAAUUCCAGAACGCACGGUGUCACUGUUGCGCUGGUGGGUGGAUUCGUCAGAGAAGAUCGAGGCUAGUUGAGUUGUUAUAAGGUACUAUUCACUGACAUGAGUGCUUAUAAGAUCAUUUCUUUAGGGAUUUAUAAUUUUUUUUGAGCUUUGGAAAGCGGUAAAGAAUUUGCACAGUUGAGUAACUUAGGGCCUUGUUUAUGACGACGCCACAAACCACCACAGUGGUGGCACCAUUGUGCGUUCUGCGCAAGGGAAGGAGAAACUGAGUGAGAAACCUAUAGGAGAACCUUAUGAUCCCUAAGAAACAACAACACAGUGAGACAUGACCUCUUCCUCAGAAAACCCAAACCCAGAACUCAGAAAAGAUGCCGUGUGGAACCGUUGGGUCAUAUUCUCACCCGCCCGAGCCAAACGACCCUCCGACUUCAAGUCCAAAUCCCCCACUGACCCGAAUCCAAACCAACAGUGCCCCUUCUGCAUUGGCCACGAGCACGAGUGUGCGCCCGAGAUAUUCCGGGUCCCGCCCCGAGACCUGGAUUGGAAAAUCCGGGUCAUCCAGAACCUCUACCCGGCCCUCUCCCGCACCCUCCCCGAACCCCAACAUGCCCCUUCUGGUUUGCUACAGACCGGGUUUGGGUUCCACGAUGUAGUCAUAGAAACUCCGGUUCACUCAGUUCAGCUCAGUGAUUUGCCUCCUCCGGAAAUUGGCCGAGUUUUUAUCACUUAUACCGAGAGAAUCCAACAGCUCGCGAGCCAUAAAUCAAUUCAAUACGUGCAGGUGUUUAAAAACCAUGGUGCUUCAGCUGGUGCAUCAAUGAGUCAUUCUCACAGUCAGAUGAUGGCCCUGCCUAUUGUUCCAGCUACUGUAUCUGCCCGCCUUGCAAGUAUGAAAGAUCAUUUUGAUCAGACAGGGAAAUGUUUUAUUUGUGAAAUUCAACGUGAAGAUCUUUUGAUUGAUUCAUCUACCAACUUCUUUUCACUGGUUCCUUUUGCUGCUACGUUUCCUUUUGAGAUAUGGAUUGUUCCUCGGUACCACUCUGCUCACUUCCAUGAAUUGGAUGUGGAAAAGGCAGUUGAACUAGGAGGUUUGUUGAAACUAAUGCUCAGAAAGAUGUCUUUGCAGUUGAACAAUCCACCAUUCAACUAUAUGAUUCACACUAGUCCACUUCAUAGUAACGGGUCAGAGUUAGCAUACACUCAUUGGUUUAUACAGAUAGUACCUCAGUUAAUUGGAAUUGCGGGUUUUGAGCUUGGAACUGGGUGUUACAUAAAUCCUGUGUUCCCCGAGGAUGCUGCAAAGGUUCUAAGGGAAGUGAAAGUUCCAGAGUAAAGAUAAAGCACGUAGGAACAGAAACAUAUCUGGUAACCUAGUCUCAAACUUGUUAGGUGAUGAGUUUCUUUGAUUCACAUAUGAGGGUCAAGCUUUUUGUAACAGUGAGGGGGUUUCGUAGAACAUUGAGAUAUUUGAAAUAAACUUUUCUUUGUGCAUCAUUGAGGAAAUGAAUGUGCAGAAAGAGGAAUGACCACUGCAAUUUUUAUAAUUUCAAUGUCUUUUGAGGGAUUAUAAAGGAUAGGGUAUCCUUUGCUGAAUCAACUGCAUGUGUCAGAUUCUGUGACUUCCUUCUAAGCUCCACCGUUGAAUCGUCACCAUCUCCAUUAAUAUAGAUUAUGUCAGCAGCACGUGUAAUAACAAUUGGAAUGCAUAGGAAGUUGAGUUAGUAGUGUUCUUGUCGCAGUAAUUGAUCCUAGAAGCUGGUUGACAUUUUUGUGUGCUGAUUCAGUAACUACUUUCAAUAUUUUUGUGAGUUCAA